CUUGCAUCAUGAUUGGCAAGACUGUGGCUGCUGUCCUGAUCCUGCUCCUGAUCUCAGCACCUGCAACACAAGGUGAAGCAAUGCCACGCUCGGCCAUUGAACUCCGGUGCCAGUGCAUAAACACCCAUUCCAGGUUCAUCCAUCCCAAAUUCAUCCAAAAUGUGAACCUCACCCCCAGCGGACCUCACUGCAAGAAUGUUGAAGUCAUAGCUACCCUGAGAGAUGGCAGAGAAGUGUGCCUGGAGCCCAGUGCUCCCUGGGUGAAGCUGAUCAUCAAAACAAUUCUGGACAAGGCCAACACCAAACCUGAGACAGUGUCCUAAAACAAAGAAGAAAAAUGUCCUAACUGCUCCAGCAAGGCAAAAAUAGGGAAGACACUCACUGAGUUCCUGACAGGUCACCUCCU